UCGCUGCGGCUGCGUGUGCGCAGGAGGCGUCGCUGACGCAGACUCCGCCGACUCCGGCGGUCUCCGCUGCGCAGACGGGUGCGGGCGCGGGCGCAGGCCCGCACGGUCCCCGCCCGGGUGCGGGAUGGCGGCCAGCCUGUGGAUGGGAGACCUGGAACCAUACAUGGAUGAGAACUUCAUCUCUAGAGCCUUUGCCACCAUGGGGGAGACCGUGAUGAGCGUCAAAAUUAUCCGAAACCGCCUCACUGGAAUCCCAGCUGGCUACUGCUUUGUGGAAUUUGCAGAUUUGGCCACAGCUGAGAAGUGUUUGCAUAAAAUUAAUGGAAAGCCCCUGCCAGGAGCCACACCUGCAAAACGUUUUAAACUGAAUUAUGCCACUUACGGGAAACAACCAGACAAUAGCCCUGAGUACUCCCUCUUUGUCGGGGACCUGACCCCAGACGUGGAUGAUGGCAUGCUGUAUGAGUUCUUUGUCAAAGUCUACCCCUCCUGUCGGGGAGGCAAGGUGGUUUUGGACCAGACAGGCGUGUCUAAGGGCUAUGGUUUUGUGAAAUUCACAGAUGAAUUGGAACAGAAGCGAGCCUUGACGGAGUGCCAGGGAGCAGUGGGACUGGGGUCUAAACCUGUGCGGCUGAGUGUGGCCAUCCCUAAAGCGAGCCGUGUAAAGCCAGUUGAGUACAGCCAGAUGUACAGUUACAGCUACAACCAGUAUUACCAGCAGUACCAGAACUACUAUGCCCAGUGGGGCUACGACCAGAACACAGGCAGCUACAGCUACAGCUACCCGCAGUAUGGCUACACACAGAGCACCAUGCAGACAUAUGAAGAGGUUGGGGAUGAUGCCCUGGAAGACCCAGCGCCACAGCUGGAUGUGACUGAGGCCAACAAGGAGUUCAUGGAACAAAGUGAGGAACUGUAUGAUGCACUGAUGGACUGUCACUGGCAGCCCCUGGACACUGUGUCUUCAGAGAUCCCUGCCGUGUUGUAGCCACGACAUAAGGAUCUGGGCUUUUUUUUUUUUUUUUUUUUUUU